GGUCACACCCACACGACACCAGUCAGGCGCCGCCCGCUAUUACGCGCGGCCUCCUACGGUCCUCGCUACCUGUUCGCGCGCCGGCGCUCGGCUGCACUACUUCCCUCGGGAACUCUAGGUGGUCCCCUCCGCUGAGGCGCCAUUGGGCCAGGCCGCUGCGGACCCAGGAGGGGCACGAGAGCCGCCAAACCCGGGGCAACAGCCGCAACAGCGAACGCGAGGCGGGCUCGGUGUGGGGGACGCAGGAGCGACACGCUCGGCCCUCAGCCGACUCGCGGCCAGACGUGAGCAAUCGGAGGCCGAGCAGGGGGAGGCGGGGUCUUCUUGGCCCUUGGCGCCGCUCCCCUGGGGCACCUUCCGAGUUCAGCGUUCUCCAGUAGCAGUGCUGAGGCGACAGCGUGGGAAGAAGUCCGAGACAAAGAUCUUAUUAUAGUAGUUCACAAAAAAAUACCAACAUGUCAUGUUCCGUGCCAUUUAAGAUGAGAUUAGUUCAUUUGGACCUCAAGGGAGCACCACCAAAGGUUUCAUAUCUCUCUGAAGUUUUUCCCCUGUUCCAUGCACUCGGUGCAAAUGGCCUCCUCAUUGAGUAUGAAGACAUGUUUCCCUAUGAGGGCCGGCUGAGGCUGCUGAGGGCCAAGCAUGCAUACAGCCCCUCUGAAGUUACAGAGAUCCUGCACUUGGCCAGACUCAGUGAGCUGGAGGUUGUUCCCUUGGUGCAGACAUUCGGACACAUGGAGUUUGUGCUAAAGCAUGAAGCAUUUGCACAUCUCCGUGAAGUGGCUCUCUUCCCCAACACCCUGAACCCUCAUGAGGCUGAGUCUCUGGCACUGGUAAAAGAUAUGAUUGACCAGAUUCUGGAGCUACAUAGGGGUGUCCGGUGGCUCCACAUUGGCUGUGAUGAGGUCUACUACUUGGGCGAGGGGGAGACCUCAAAACUGUGGCUACAGCAGGAACAAAACAGCCAUGCGAAAUUGUGUUUGUCCCACAUGCAGGCAGUAGCCAGCCAUGUGCUGGCACAGCACCCUGGCACAACACCCUUGGUGUGGGAUGACAUGCUACGAGACAUCCCCCAGGAACAGCUAAAAGCAUCUGGGGUGCCUCAACUGGUGGAGCCUGUGCUCUGGGACUAUGGAGCUGACCUGGAUGUCCACAGCAAAAUCUUCCUCAUGGGAAAGUACCAGGAGUGUGGCUUCCAGAGGCUGUGGGCUGCCAGUGCCUUCAAGGGGGCCACAGGGGCUAAUCAGACCCUGCCCCCUGUUGAGCACCAUAUUAGAAACCAUGAGCAGUGGCUACAGGUGGCAGUCAGUGGUCCAGUGGAUACUCUGCAAGGAAUCAUCCUGACUGGCUGGCAGAGGUACGACCACUUCUCUGUGCUGUGUGAACUGCUCCCUGUGGGAAUCCCAUCCCUGGCUGCCUGUCUACAGUUACUUGUACAUGGAGGCUUUGCUGAGGAUGUUAAGCUGAGAGUGGAACACUUCCUUGGGGUUUCAAGCCUGGAAAUAAUGGAUACUAUGAGUGAGGGAGCUGGUUCCUUCCCUGGCAGUGACAUCCAUGCCCUCGUCACACAAAUUAGUCUUCACCUGCGCAGCUCUGUGGAUACACUUCUGGAAAGGAAUAGGUAUGUCACUGGCUGGUUCAGCCCCUACCAUCGCAGGCGGAAGCUUAUUCACCCAGUUAUGAUCCAGCACAUACAGCCAGAGGCACUCAGCCUUCUGAGCAGGUGGAGCAACCUUGUGCAGCAGUUGGAGGUAGCCCUGCAGCUGGCCUUCUACCCGGACACCAUAGAGGAGUGGCUAGAGGAGAAUGUGCUCCCGAGUAUGCAGCGACUGCAGGGUCUACUGCAGGACCUGGGGGAAGCAGCUGCCCCUCUGCCACCACCCACCAGCUCAGGCUGGGACACAGGUCAGAACCCCUAAAGGGCUGGGGCUCUGUUUAUCAGCCUGGACAACACCAAGAUUCCUGCCUCAGUGCCCAGCCAAUGUGGGGCCUGGACACUGUGCAGAUAUGCUCCCAAACUGUAUAAACAGUAACCUUGGGCAAAGCUGAAAACAGAAAAAGGCACAUGGAGACUCAUUUGCAAUCUGCAUGUAGAGCUUUUUAAUUAUGAAAUAAAAAACAAACAAACAAACAGUA